AUGUUAGUGGACAGAGCAGUAAUUACAAACGUAGAACUAGAAAAGAAAAACAAUGCAUUCAAAGGAUCAAUGCGAUGUGUGUAUGACACUGAUCCGGCUGGUUUCGAAAUAGGUAGUAGGUCUGGACAACAUCUACAAGAAUGUGAACAUUUCAGCUGCCCCAUGAACACAGUUAAAUGUCCUCGAAGCUUCUGCUUACCAAUGAAGUUUAUAUGUGACGGAAAGAUACAAUGUCCUGGUGGCCAGGACGAGGAGGAAUGUGGCUGCAAGGAUGCAAAUCGUGAAGUUGUCCUUCUUUACGAGGAUCUUAAAAGCAAAGAGGAACGUCGUACAAUAAGGAAAAUUGCGACUCAGUUUUAUACACCUAACAGCGUUGUUAGAGAGCUUCGCUACAAAGUAACAACUCGUCCAGACAAGUUAGAAUUUGAUCAUCGUUUCCUGGAUAUAUCUGAUACAGUAAUUAAUCCACACAGCUCCAUAAAUAGAGAGUUUACUUGCAGUUACUCUGUACUGGCAUCGGACUUGAUCAACAGAAUUGAAUUUUCGAAAAAUGACGCAAGAGGAAUUUUAUUUUUUCAAAAAAGUAAUGAUACAGACAUUCUUGCAGAGAUGAUAUUUGCAAAAAUAAAGUCAAAGCCAGAAUUUCUGAUAUACAGAAUUAUACAGGAUCCAUUUUAUAUGAAAUGGAAAUCAUUCCCAACCGUUACAGAUAUAAAAGUAAAAUCAUGGGAUAAUCUGGCUGCAGAUGGAGCUAAAUACUUUUCGGAAUUAUGCAAAGAAGCAGCAAUAGUACUUUGUCCAAACGAAUAUAAAUGUUCAGCAAGUAAGACGUGCAUUCCAUUGGAGCAAGAACACUGGACUGCGAAAAAUACUUCUUAG